AUGUCGGGAGGCUUCUUCCGGGGGACGUCGGCCGACCAGGAUACCAGAUUCUCCAACAAGCAUGCCAAGCUGCUCAAGACGCAGAAGUUCGCGUCCGAGCUUGACCAUCAGGUUAGGGUGGACAUGUCAAAGGUGAAGAUGGACGUGAUGAAGCCGUGGAUUGCCACACGGGUCACCGAGCUUCUUGGGUUCGAGGACGAAGUGCUUAUCAACUUCAUCUACGGCCUGCUCGAUGCGAAGGAGGUGGACGGGAAGUACAUACAGAUCCAGCUGACAGGGUUCAUGGAGAAGAAUACAAUAAAAUUCAUGAGGGAGCUGUGGAGCCUCCUUCUCAGUGCGCAGCAGAAUGCCAGUGGUGUGCCCCAGCAAUUUUUGGAUGCAAAGGAGGCUGAGAUUCAGCAGAGAAAGGCGGAAGAGGCUAGAAUUGCCCAGGAGAUCCAGAAGAAGCGAGAGAAAGAUGGAAGGGACACAGAACUAGCUAAACACAAAAUGAUGGCCGGGGAUACUGGUAAUUCAAGAUUUCAUGGUGAUUCACUUGGCUCUGCUUUAAACAAUCCCAAUGUUGAUGCUGAGAAAGAAAAGGAACUGGACUUGAAGCAUAGCUCGAGAACAAAGAGCCGGGAACAUCGAAGACCUAGGAGCACAUCUUUGUCGCCCCGUGGUAGGCAACGGUCUAUUUCUCCAAGGAGGCGCUCUCCAUCCCCUUCCAGACAAAGAUCAUUGCGACGUUCAGCUUCACCUAGACGUUCUGUUUCCCCCCGAAGGCAUUCCCCAAGAAUUGCUCCUUCAGUGUCUAGGCGGAGGUCACCGUAUUCCAGGAGAUCACCUUCGGUACCUAGAUCGCCAUCACCUCGGCGGAGAUUUCCCAUUAGGAGAAGAUCUCCACCACCUGGGCGACGUAGAUCACCAUCUCCUUAUCGUCGUCGGUCCCCAGCUCGCGCACCUAGAAGAUCACCAUCUCCUGCGCGUCGCAGAUCACCUCCUCGACAUAGAUUACCAGCAGAUAGACACCGGUCCCCAUCUCCAGGAAGGCGCAGGCCACGGUCCCCAUCACCUGUAAGACGCAGGCCACGGUCCCCAUCACCUAGAAGACAUAGGCCACGUUCUCCAGGAAGACGACAGUCCCUGUCACCUCACCGCUCACCGCAGUUGAGGUCACCAAAACGCCAGAGAAAAUCCCCAAUUUCAAUUAGGACGCUUUCUGCAAAUCGUCCAGUCUCUCCACAGCGGAGGAGGAGUAGCAGUCCACACAGCAGGAGUCCAAAUCGCUCACGUAGGAGUUUGAGCAGGGACGCAGAAAAGGGAACAAACGAUGCACCCUCCACUAAAGGCAGGGAUCUGGCUCAAAGGAACCAAGAAAGGAGUGGCCGAGAGUCACCGGAUUUUGAACACCGUAGGCUCACAAAAUCCUUGAGGUCUCCUACUAAUGAUGCAGAAAGAGACUCCACACGUGGCAGUCCUUUGAAGGACACUGGAAAACAUAUGCCCAGUCAGGACAGCACAAAUACCAGUGGAGAUGAGGAAGAAGGCGGGCGUGCAAGGGAGAAUGCACGGAAGGCCAAUUCAUCACGCAGGAUAUCCAAGGAUUUCUCGUCUGAUCUGCAACUAAAGGAAGUCAACGUUGAUAACUCAAUCCCUGGAGAAAAACCCUCUUCCAGAUCAAGACAGGAUGGCGGCAAGGAUGUCCCCAAGAAAUAUGAUGAUCAGCUAUCAGAUUCAUCAGAAGAUGCGCUUGAUGGUAGAAGAAUGAGACGCCAGGGUGAUUCCCCUGACGAUUCUCGUGUGAAACGGCAGUCCCCUAGUAGAGCUGGUGACUCUUAUCCAAAGGAUGGGAUUAACAUUGAUCGUGCCAAAACGGAUUCACUUGGUGCUUCUUAUGAUGCUAUUGCAGCGAAGAAAUACUCUGGUAAAGUUGAUGAAGCUUCCCAAUCAGAUGGUGGAAGUCCUCUUCAAAAAGCUAAGAAAAGGACACAUGAUAGUAAACACAUUGAUCGUCGCAGUUCGGGCUCAGAAGAAUCUGAGAAACACAGAUCCCAGUCCGAGAAGCGAAGACAUAAAAAGGGUCACAAGCACAAGAAGCAUUAUGAUGAUAGUUCUGAUUCUGAUUCUGACUCAGAUGACAAGGAGUCCAAGAGGAGGAGGCGAGAAGAGAAAAAGCUGCGAAAAGAGGAAAGGCGCCUUAGACGUGAAGAACGGCACCGCAGAAGGGCGGACCGUCAUGCCAGUAAACAGAGAUUGAAGUAUGCUGGUUCUCCCCUGUCAGACCUUGAGAAGGAUCGUCAAUCUGGCUCAGAUGCUGAUGUAGGGAAGAAAGGUUCAUACACUCCGAGAGAAGAACCUGACCCAAACAAACUUGAAAUUGAGCUUCGACAGAGGGCCCUUGAAUCUCUUGCAAAGAAAUCAAAGCAUGUUGUUACUCCGUCUUCAGAUGUCGAGAAGGACCGUGAAUCUGACACGGAUGCUGAUGUUAGGAAGAGAGUUUCAUAG